AGAAUUAUUCCAAAAUCAUGUCUUCGGAGGCCGAGAUCAAGGACUUGUCUCCUCUGUUCGACAUGAAUUCUUUGGAAUGCUUGAAUCAGGAUUCGUCACAUGUUGUCACCAACUGCAUGAAACAGGGACCUCGUGACGACGAUGCAGUCUUUCUUGCCAGCGAUUGUGACGAGCAGCUCCUAAUCAAUCUGCGCUUCAAGCAGGCAGUGAGACUGCAUUCCAUCGCUGUCAAGGCAAUAGACGCGGACAAAGCUCCAAAGCAUCUGAAACUCUUUUCGAACCCUGUGAACAUGAGCUUCGAUUCUGCUGAAUCUGAUCAAUGCACUCAAGAAGUGGAGUUCACCCCCGAGCAAGUCGCGGAUGGGACUGUGAUUAAUCUUCGAUACGUCAAGUUUCAAAACGUAACUUCGCUUUCUCUUUUCGUUGGCAAGAAUUUCGGAAACGAAGACCAGACUGUAAUACACAAGCUUAUGCUGUAUGGGACUGCAGGAAACAACACGAACAUGGGGGACUGGGAAAAGGUUGCGAAGAAGGCGAUGGAGAAUCAAUAGUGAUCUAGAUACUGGACUUUGAAGUGAAGUAUGAGGACUGCUCGU